AUGACCGACAACUUGAGACAGGGAGCCGGCGACAAGCUCGCCAGCGCUGCUAAGCCUGAGAGCCAGAAGGGCGUUGUUGAGAAGGCCACCGACGCUGUCAAGUCAGCUGGUGACUCCGUUGCCGGAACUGCUCAGCCAGAGAGCCAGAAGUCCGUCGGACAGAAGGCCAGCGACACCGUCAGCGGUACCGGAGCCAGCGAGAAGGACGGCAAGGGUCUCCUUGAGCAGGCCGGGGAUGCUCUUGGACUCAACAACAACAACAAGCCAUAA